AGAACUUACGUUACGGUGUAACUUAGUACUUAAUCUGUGAAAAGAAUUGAUUUAAGAAAUUUGAGGUCGGGUAUAUAAACAAUAAAUUCGAAAAAUUCAGUUAAAAUACUGUUUACGGAAAUACGUUUUAAAAGUUAUAAUUAUAUUCCCGAGAUUUCUCGAACUAUUUUUUGGUAUUGGCGGAAGAGACAAUAAAGUGACACCAAGUUUGACAAGAAAAUUAUUUCCAUUCUGAAUUCUGAUAGCGCUAUUUGCGUGUAAUGUUAUUUGUUUUUAUUUUUAAAACUAUUUAAAAUUGAUAAAGUUAUUCUACAGACCUAAUCAUGGGUGACCCAUCUGAUAACAUUAUCGACCUCACAUCGCCGUUCAGCUUAGUUAAGCAUUGUAAUUUCUCUAAUGAUAUUAUUGAAAUAGACGAUGAUACUGACGAAUCAUUCCGUGUGGAAAUUAUAGAAACAAAUAAUACAAACAAAAUUUCAAAACAAUCCGGAGCGAAGUCUUUGGAGCCUAGGAGGUUAGAAAAUGAAACACCUGAAAAAAAUAAGCUCAAGAUUGGAGAGUGUCCCAUAUGUUGUGACCAAUUAGGAAAGAAACCAGCAUCAUCAACAAAGUGUGGACAUGUAUUUUGUUUACAGUGCAUAGAAAGAUCUUUAAGAUAUGACAAAAAAUGUCCUCAAUGCAGAAGAGUAUUAAAAGGGCCUUCUGCUUAUCAUCCACUGUAUCUGCCAUUACAAUAAAAUAGAAUGUAACAAAAACAAUAAAAACAAUGUAAAUAUAUUUAAUAACUUUAUUACAUAUAGAUUAAUUAAACUAACUAUAAUGACAUUUAUGCAACAAUUUUUUUUUUGGUUGAAACAACAUGAAACAACAUUUGUUUUAUGUUCAGUUCAAUGUUUUAUGUUUUUAUUUAUUUUUCAUAACUUACAAUUUGCAAAAGUACCUUACAAAAUAUAAUAAAAAAAUUAAACAAUUUCAUACUUUCCAUUUUAUGAAUAUACAAUGUGAAUAGAACUAGGGAUUCAUUUAUAAGCUAACACCAACAAUUAUUCAAACAUUUUUUUUCUAAUGGAAUUCUUUUAUUUAUGGGAUAUUCCAUUUUCUUGUGAUUUUGUCUUUAAAUAGCUAUUUCUUACUAAGCUGACUUAAAUAUUGGAAAAGCAUUAAUAUCUAUUAUGUUUUAUGUGGUCAUGACCGAGUGAAAGCAAUAGAAUUGUAAAAUCAUCCCCAUUUAGUUGAAUCACCAGAAAAGGGCUAGAUUUUGUGGAAAAGGCCUUAGGUGGAAACACUAUGCAGAUCUGAUAUUUGCCUAGUUUUCAAAUUAUUUUUGUCAUUAAAAUGUCUAUUACGUAAGUAA